UUCUCUUCCAUGCCGUAGAUUUUUUCGAGCAAUAGGCCCAGGCCUUUCAAAAAUUUGAAAAAUGGAUGACGGAGAAGAUAAAAUGACCGAGAAAGAAGGAGUAUUUCUGAAUGAAGAAGACAUUGUCGAAGUUAUAGAUCUGGAUGAAGAUGAGUCUAUCCAAGCCGGUGAGUUAGUGAAUAUGCUUGCUGACCACAUGGAUGAUGUUGGUAUUGGUGAGGGAGAUAUUGAACAUGAAGAUGGCAUGGAAGGUGCCGAAUAUUCUGUCAGAGAUGACGCUGAAGUGGUCUUCACCAGUCAUAGAGGCUCUGUGUUCUGUGUUCACACUGAUCCGGAGACUUGUUCUAUGGCGGUGACUGGUGGUGAGGAUGACAGAGCAUUUGUCUGGAAGCUCGGCAGUGGGGAGGAGGUUUUAGAGUGUACAGGUCACAAAGAUUCUGUUGUAGCAUGCGCAUUCAACCGAAACUCAAAAUAUGUUGCAACAGGUGAUAUGUCUGGUCUGCUGAAAGUUUGGGAGCUGGCAACCCAGAAAGAGGUGUGGACAUUCGAAUGUUCAGACUUGGAGUGGCUGUGCUGGCAUGGAUCAACCGACGUGCUCCUGGCAGGAACGACAGAUGGCAAUAUGUGGAUGUGGAUGAUACCUAGUGGCUUGUGCAAAACUUAUCAAGGACCAGGAUGUUCAUGCUCAUGUGGGAAGAUAAUGCCCGAUGGCAAACAGGUCUGUGCUGGGUAUGAAGAUGGAAGUGUGAGGGUUUGGGAUUUGAAAGCUGGCUCACCGUCUUUUACAGUGUCAGGCCAUGAGAGUUUUGAUGGUGGGGUGACCUGCAUCGACUGCCACAAAGAUAACAAUAUGGUAUUAGCGGGAUCGUCAGAUGUGACAGCCAAAUUGUUCAACGUUAAUUCAAAAAAGGUGCUCUGUAGUUUUAACUGUGCCAGUGCUGAGAUGUCAAGUGAGGAGAACUCGGUCGAGGCUGUGGGGUUUUCUUCAACUACCACCUUUGCCGCCACAGGGACGUUAGAGGGGAAAAUGACGAUAUGGGACAUACCCUCACAAUCGAAACGAUUUGAAUGCAAACAUGAGGCGGGGAUUGUCAGAUUAAGAUGGGACACCACGUUGCCCUUAGUUUUCACGUGCGCACUUGAUGGUGUCACCCAACUUUGGGAUGCGAGGAGUGGUAAGAGAGAGGCGGAGUGGUCAGGACAUCAGGGGGAGAUUCUGGAUUUUGGUUUUACGAGGGACAGUAACUUGAUGGUGACUUGUUCUGGAGACUCAACAGCUCGUGUGUUUAAUCUUACAGCAGUGGAUAGAUAACCUUUAACAAUAUGUGUCAAUAAAUGUGACUGUUGAAAGUGCGAUUUGGAUGAUUUUAUACCCCUCAGCCCAUAAAAGCUAGAGGGGUAUUGUCGAGGCAGGCGCCGUCUGUCUGUGGGUUCGUCAGUCCAGCUGUUGGUCCAUCUGUCAGUUGAACUCGUUUCCGGAGCCUAUCUCCGUAACCAUAAAUACUAGGCAUUUCAUAUUUCGGUAGUUUGAAGGUCUUAUGGUGCAAUUGUGCCAUUUGGCAGUUUUGACGACUUUCGUACUACGCUUGGCCCCAGGGGGGCUUCGAGUGAAAAAAGACUUUUGGCUAUAUCUCAUGAAUUAUGCUAGCUAAAAUCAUGAAAUGUUAACAGUGGACACUGCUUAUGAGAUUGCAUCACAUAAUACACAGGUUUUUAAUUAGACCUACUUUUCAAGGUCACAGAGAUCAAAGAGCCUAAAGUUCUGGAGCAUGUCUCCGUAACUACUGAUGCUGGAAUUUUCAUCAUUGAGUUAUAUAUGGUGGUCCAAGGGUGCCA